AUGGGGUGCACUCUACUCGAAGAACGGCCUUUUUGGAGACCAGGAGAGGCUGGAUGGGUGGAGGCGAAGUCGGAUGAGGUUGAUUCAAACUUCAAGCGCUUCGUCGAGGUUGGACGAGUCGUCCUCCUCAAGUCCGGUCCUUCUGCUGGCAAAAUCGCUGUCAUUAGCGAGAUCAUCGACCACAACCGCGCAAUCAUCGAUGGCCCCACAACCGACGUCCCCCGCCAAUCCUACCCUUUCAAACACCUUACCCUGACACCACUCAAGAUCGUCGGUCUUCCUCGUGGCGCCGGCAGCGGCCCCCUCAAGAAGCAACUCGAGAAGCAGGCUAUCGUCGAGAAGUGGAGCAAGUCAGGCUGGGCCCAAAAGCUUGUUGCCGUUGAGAAGAGACGGUCACUAAACGACUUCGACCGCUUUAAGGUGAUGUUGGCCAAGAAGCAGAGGAGGGACAUCGUCAGGAAGGCGUUGGGCAAGUCAAAAGCAUAA